CGAACCGUCCGUGCGCACAGAACACCGCGGGCAGUCUCAACUUGACGAGAUACGAUAAUUGCGAAAAUUCUUAACCUAAUAAAUAAUUCUCUCUUAAAAAAAAGAGUGCAAUCACUUCGGUUUUUAGACUCCAGCUUCAUCAUGAGAAGAAAACCUGGAAUAGGAGCAAUUCACAAACAAAAACUCGAGCAAGAGAAGUACAAAGACAAGGGAACAGAGAUCCAAGAGAACCAAUUCGAGCAGAUGACGAAGCAAAUGGAGAUAUUUCGAACGAAUCUCGAAGAUUUUGCAACGAAACACAAAACCGAGAUUAAAAAGAACGGACAAUUUCGUCGUCAAUUUACAGAAAUGUGUGCCUCUAUCGGAGUUGAUCCAUUGGCAUCUGGUAAAGGAUUCUGGUCGGUAUUGGGCAUUGGUGAUUUUUAUUACGAAUUAGCAGUGCAGAUUGUCGAGGUUUGCAUGGCAACUAACUACAAAAAUGGGGGAUUGAUCACUCUGGAUGAGUUGAGGGAACGAUUGGUCCAGGCUAGAGGUAAAAGAAAGGAGCAUCAGGAUAUCACUAACGAGGAUUUACUAGCAGCUGCGAAGAAGCUCAGGAUUUUUGGGAAUGGAUUCUCAGUUGUUCCCAUUGGAAGAGGAAAGUAUCUCGUACAGUCAAUUCCUGGAGAACUGAGUAUGGAUCAUACUGCUGUCCUGCAACAGGCCAGUACCCAUGGCACUGCGUACACAUCUGUGGAACUGCUUCAAGCAGAAUUGAAGUGGGAAAGGGAUAGGGCGCAGAAAGCUCUGGAUCACAUGAUGAAAAUGGGCCUAGCCUGGCUAGAUGACCAGGCAGAGGAAGGCAAUCUCUACUGGUUUCCUAGUUUAUUCACUGCUUGUGUGGACUCUUCUUAACUGUAAUUAUUGAUACACUACAUACGGCGCUAUUAAUUGUGGUAAUUCUAAUUCGACGUCAUCUACAAUCACCAUCGAAGCUGAAAUAAAAUAAAUCGAAUGAGUUCAGUAUUCGAGGAUUAAAUGAAUAUAUUGAUCUAUGGAAAACUUCUGAACUCACCUUGCAGUCCUUCAAAUCUGCGUGGAGACUCUCCACAAUCGCUUCAUAUUCUUGAAUGAUGGACUGUCUCUCAUCGAUCCUAGGAACAUUAAUAUAUGUAAUAACCGUAUAAACAAUUAGUUUCUAAAUA